AUGGAGCAGAGACCCAUACGACGGAGUGGGGGUAGGUCCAGCAUGAACAUGGGGCAAUUGAAGACUCAUGAAACUGAAAACCCCAAUGAGGAACUAGAACGAUACCAUGAAGGCGGGGAAUCGGUUUUGGAAGAACGACUACGACAGGAGGACGACGUAAUUGCAAUUGCGAUGCUGAAGGUGUUACAUGAGCUCAGACAGCAUAUGAAGCUUGUACAAGACGUGUAG